AUGGAAAUAAGUGAUUCAAACAACAAGCUGAGGAAGGUUAAGUAAUACAACACCACUGAAAAGCAAAGUGUGUGAAUGAAUAUAAGAGAGGAGGAGGACCUAAGAAGCGAUACAAAGCGUUACAGGUCAAAAGAAGAACUACAGUAGGAUACAUGAUUUUGCGAAAUAUGUCAAACUUUACAACAAAUUCUUCAAAUAUGCCAUCACUUUAACGUGCACUGUGUAUAAAUGACCGUACACCAAUUUGUCUCCCUUUUCCUCUUUUGCUUUCACCGAUAAUAUGGUUUACUGUAGCGCCAAGGCAGACAUGGAAGACAGGGGCGAGGCGAGCACUUGUAGCCACGAUGGAGCAGAAAAGAACGAUGAUCCAGCAGCCAGGAGUGACAAGUCUAACAAUGACCCACGCCUCCCACACCUGCAGACCGUCAAGAUCGACAAUUGGUGCGGACGGCGGUGGCUGACGAUGAGCAUUCUGGAGGCUGCUGGUGGUGGUGCUGGUGGAGGUGCUGGUGGUGGUGUGGGCGUGGUGUUCAUUCCCAGCCUCGGCGGUACAAUGAGGAGCCUGCCCGCCCUCUCCCUGCAGGCCAUGUGUGGUAGGCUGGGCGUCCCUUUUCUUAGGUAUGACGCCACUCACCUGGGGGCCUCGGUGCUGGAGACCACCUCUUUGCCCGGCCAGGUGCUUACCCUGUGGCAAGACGACGCGGCUAACAUGGUGCUCAGUCAAGCCCCCGGGAACAGGCUAGUGCUAGUGGGCUUCUCCCUGGGCGCUACAAUCGCUCUCACUCUCGCGCGGGAACUCCCCAAACACAUCGCGGGUCUCCUCCUUAUCUCGCCUCUCGUUAACCUGAGGAAGGUGCUGCCGCGCGCCACCCGCCUGGCCUCCCUCUACUUCCUCUCCUCCACGCUGAGGACCCGCGUCACCUUCAGGGAGCUCCGGGCCUUCCAGAGGGACCUUCAGGCACACGCGUUUCCGUGUCGCAAGGGCGCGGUGAGGGUGGAGUGCCCUGUCAGGAUAGUGCAGGGUAUGAAGGACACGUUCCCGUACUGCAACGCGGUGAGGCUGAGUACCAUGCUGGGCCAGGAGAACGUGAUCCUCGACCUGGUGAAGGAGGAGGACCACUACAUGCAGAGGAACGAGGGGCUCAGGGCCACCUCCGCCGCCCUCACCAACCUCCUGGACCACGUGUAGGCUGUAUGUGGUUGGGGUGGUGGUGGGGUAGGGUGGAAGAGAAGAAGGGGAGAAGACAUGUGGGGGAAGGAUAAGGUUGGGGAAGGGAGGGGGAGAAUAUGCUUGUUGUUGUGGUGUGUGUGUGUGUGUGUGUGUGUGUGUGUGUGUGUGUGUGUGUGUGUGUGUGUGUGUGUGUGUAAACUAGAAUAUAUAUAAGGAUCCAUGAGAACCGUUUUUGUUUUAUUAGUUUAUUUAAUUAUCUAUUUUUAUUUAUUUAUUUAUUUUUCUACAUUUAUUUAUUUAUUUUUGCUUUUUCAUCAUAUUUUCUUCAUUGAGUUCCCUCCUUCACUGUACAGAAAGUAACAUAUAAAAAGGAAUGUUUGUAUUGUGAUUUUUAUGUGGUCGAACAAUGCUUUAUUGUGUAUUCAAGAUAAAGUGGAUAUAUACUUUCAGUGUUACACGGAAUAAAAUCAGUUAAUUAAAAAAUAUACAUAACUUUCCUUGUUUCAGCUUUCACGUCUCAAAGAAAAACUCGAAUGUAGUUUUAACGUUACCAAA